ACUGCGCAACGAUGGCCAACAGGCAAUAGACAUUACGAACAAUGUGUCCCCUCAUUUUAAGAUAAGCAGGGUAUAAAAAGCCUCCAAAUGUUCUUUUCCACACGCCCAAAACACAUUGGCCACAAGAGCUUAACUCGUUGACAAGAUCUACAACUACAAGAUGAGAAUGUUUCAAGUCAUCCUUGUUGCUGUCUUCAUAGCAGGUUACGCUGCCUCCGACUUCCAUGAUGAAAAUCAACAAUGCGAAAGCAGCUUGCAAACCUGUGCAUUCCCUGUGGCCAUGAAAUUUGCGCCUCACACUGAGUCUGAGGAAUCGUUCAUUUCCUAUGUCCAAUCAAUCCCUGUGAAUACAGUAUGCACAGUAGUGAUGGAACCCUUCAUGCAGUGUGUUCAAACGGCUCUUGACACCGUCUGUGCUGGUAGUAAUUCCUAUAUCGCCACUGAAGCGAGCAACUUUCUCGGUGUUAUUUCCUACGCUUGUGGCCCUGCAGGACGCCUAGUUUUGGAAUCGAUGAAACAGUCCCCUUGUCUCAACAAUGCAUAUGCGUUCGAGGCCGCGGGGAAUCUAGUUGAGAUGUGUCAAAGCGUGACCUAUGCCCAAGUGGAACCUCAGUUGGAACAGAGCAACGACCAGGAAACCAGGCCUGAUCCUGCUAUUGUGUGCCCACUGUUAGCCGAGAUGCGAGCCUGUAUUGUGGGCGGUUUAGGCAGUAUCUGUGGAGACGCAUUCGAAGAGUUCUUCAGCCAGAUCUGGGCGAAUUUGAGACUUUCCAUGACAGGGCAAUAUUUUGACUGCGGUGAGGGACUCAAAAGAGCAGCUAUCUUCAAAAAGAGGAAUCUGGGGAGUAUUUUCGGUUUGUAAUAGGAAAGGAGACGCCCACGAAAGCAACACAACGAGAUGUGGUGUUGACACCUUGGAAAUGGAAAAGGAAUAAACAAUUUAAAUUAUUCAGCAAAAA